AAUCUAUCUGCUGAACUAUUAUAAUCUCUAAACUUUCGAAUCCGAUGAUGGCGUUGUUGUCUCUCUCAUCAGUUCAUCAAGCAGGAAGUUCCAUUCUCGUACCUUCCCAUUUCAGGGUUAAACUCAUCUCCCCUUCGUCUUCUUCUUCCCGUCACUCCACCAGUCUUCAUAUAAUCACGACCACAAGAAAUCCCAUCUCUUUAAGAAACCACCUUUUCCGUCUUCUCUGCAGCAAAACCCCUAAACCACCCACCACCAUCAACCGUCGCCAUGGCCAAGGUGACGUCACUUAUCGUAGGACCCCCAACAGCCGCCGUCAUAUCCCGGAGAAAUAUAAUACAUCUCCGCCAGACAUCAAUCUCAUAGAUUUGUGCCAACAAGGUAAACUCAAAGAAGCCGUGGACUCAAUAAUCUCAAAAGGCGUUCAACCUAACUAUCGCGAAUUCGAGCUUCUCAUAGGUCUAUGCAAAUCUCCAAAUUCUCUUCAUCUAGGGAAAACAAUCCAUGAAAGCAUCACACAAUCCCCAUACAUAGAAAACAUCGAACUGAACAACAAGCUGAUGCAGAUGUACGCUGAUUGCAGAGCCAUGAUCGACGCACGAACAGUGUUCGAUAAAAUGCGCGAGAGGGAUACAAGAUCAUGGAACGUAAUGAUAAAAGGGUAUGCAGAUAACGAAGAAGGAGAUAACGGGCUACUCUUGUUUGAGCGAAUGAGAGCCACAAACAUCCAACCCAAUCCAGAGACAUUUUCAGCUGUUCUAUCAGCUUGUACAGCUGAAGAAGCUAUUGAAGAAGGAUUAAUCUAUUUCAAACUAAUGAAAGAGGUAAACAAAAUUGAACCCGAAAUUGAACAUUAUUCGGAAAUCGUCAAUCUUUUGAGCAAAGCCGGACACAUAACAGAAGCAAUCGAGUUCACAGAUAAUAUGCCGAUUGAACCCACAUCUCAGAUUCGCGAAACUCUAACUUAUUUCUCAAGAAUCCACGGAGGAGACAUAUCGAAAGAAACCAACAUGCUUGAAGGUAAGAACCGAGUUAGCGAGUUUAGGCAUACAAUUCCAUACAACAAAGAUUCAAACGAUAAACUAAAGGGAUUAAACGGUCAGAUGAAGGAAGCUGGAUACAUACCCGAUACGAGAUAUGUGCUUCACGAUAUUGAUCAGGAGGCGAAAGAGCAGGCCCUAAUGUAUCAUAGCGAGCGUCUGGCUAUUGCUUAUGGUUUGAUCAGUACUCCGGCUAGAACACCUCUUAGGAUCAUCAAGAACCUUAGAAUUUGUGGAGACUGCCAUAAUGCGAUCAAGAUCAUGUCGAAGAUUGUCGGGAGGGAGCUUAUCGUUCGCGAUAACAAGCGUUUUCAUCACUUCAGAGAUGGUGAAUGCUCGUGCAGAGAUUAUUGGUGAGCUGAAUUGAAAAUGUUAAAUCUAUAAUAUAUAUAUAUAUAUGUUAAAAUAUGAGAAAUCCUGUAAUCUCUUAUUUGCUGCUUCAAAAUUCAAUCAUAUGUUUGCAAUUAGAUAUACACAAGAAUCAUGUUUAAGAAGCUCAGGAACACCUAUAUCUUUUUUCCACAAGAAUAUUCAUUGAGAAUAAUAAUCAAUGGAAAAUGUUGGUAUAUC